AUGGGAGCGAGAGUGGGCAGGGCUGUGCCUGCCUCUGAGAAGGUUGCUGGGCUGCUCCGUGCAUGCUUCGACGUGCUGGACGCCUACGGCAACGCAUGUGACCGUGCCUUGGAGGUGCUAGAGGCCUACAUCGCGCGUGGGGACGCGCACCUGAUCGCCGAGGACAGGAUCCACAAGGCUGGGCCUACGUCCAGUGUGGCAUGGGGGCGGACGGUUACUGGUGAAGCUGACGGAGAGUUGCGCGGUGGGCGAGUCACCGCGUGCCCCUGCUCGGGGCGGCGCGCUCGCGGCGCGGCCUUCGGCCUCAGGCUGCGGUGUGCGGAGCCCCGCAGGGCCCUCGACCUGGAUCCGCCCAUGCUGAUCACGGACUGCACGCUCCAUAGUCCUGCAGGAUGGUUGCACUCGGGCGAGCUCCCCCCGCCGAUACUCAGAGGAGCACUCGAGGCUACAGCGCCGCGGCAGGCGUCAGCAGCCGAGCCCUGGGCGCACCGCGACUUCCCCGUGGAUGCAGCUGUCCUCACCCUGGGCAGUUUCGGCUGGCACUUCAGGUCCGAGCGGGGCCUCAUCACGGACGUGCGGGACAUGGCGCUGACGGGGCGGCGUGAGCUCGGCCCAGAGGCCAGCCUAGGGGCGAGGUGCGCCUCGGGUUGGCUGGAGCUGCGGAAGCUGGCCAGUGCCCCGUCUGGGUGUGGCUCCGCCUUUUGGGUUGCCUGCAGGGAGCUCGUCGGGCCAGGAGGCGAGCUCGGCGAGCGUCAGAGGAGCGGGCUGGUCUCCCACCUCACGAACGCGCAUUGGCCGCAGGCUAGGCUCCACAGUAAGUUCGAGUGCCCCAUGCUUGCGGCCCCGCUGAGCGACUCAGUCUCGCCAGCGCUGGCAUGGAGCGCCGUGCGGGUUCGCCCUCUCGGAGUGGCAGCAGGGGAGGUCGUUGCUCGGCGCUGGUGGUCAGCGACGCCGCCCCAAGGGCCUCGCACGGACGCCAUGAGUUGCUGGAGGACAUGCAGGCCGCCCGACGUCAAGCCCAAUGGCAAGUUGUGCGUGGACGGCUCGUCGGUCGACCAGCGGCUCUACGCCUGGGGACGCGCGGGCUGGGCUUUUGCUCAAUGCGACGACGACGGCAGCCUCGUCGCGGGCGCCUACGUGACCGUCAGGAGGGCCCUCCCGCCACAGCAGGCUGCCCGCGGCGGUGAGGGCUUCGCGGUCUGGAAGAAUGUGAUCUACGCGGGCCCUGCUGUCGAGGAGGUCCUCAUCGGCGGCCGCGGCACGGCGAAGAGUCAGCACAGGGAGCUGGCCUAUGCGACGGGCCCGACCAAUGCCAACGCCCACCCCUGGAGGAGCCCCGCCGCCCUCGGACCUGGUGGCUCCAGGGCGAGCAAGGUGGCCGCCCACGGCAACAGGCAGGCGGUGCUCGGCGGGCUACGCACGGAGGCGCAGCGGUGCGGCGCCCUGCGCGCCCGCGGCUCCGCCGAGCUGGGAGCACGGCUGCGCGCCGAGGCGGCCGUCGCCAGGCGGGACACCGCGGAGAAGGACAGCGACUGCCUCCUCGUGUCCGACGAGAGGCAGUGGGCGAGGUUCGCCGACCUGGAGGAGCAGGCCGAGCAGGCCACUGCAGGCAGGCCGACGGAGCAGCAGCCGCGCGUGGAGUGCUUCCGCUCGGCGGCCAGCGCGGUCGGCCUCUCCUUCACCACGGCUGGCGCAGGCCACCUCGGCCACUCCCUGGCGUACGCGCUCUGCGACGCGGGCGAGGAGUUUCAGGAGCUGGUGGCAUGCAGCAGGUGCGGCGCCUACAUGGUCCUCGGCGGCCGCGCUGGGGGCCGCCCUAAGCUCAAGGAGCCAUGCAUCGGGGCAAGGGCCAUCGGGCAGCGCAGCCAGCGCCGCCUCUGGGCUCGAGGGCUUCAUCCAGGUGGUCGGCCACGCGGAGGAGUCCAGCAGCGCAUGGAGAAAGGUGCCGAGUUCCCUGCGCUGGGGCUGCAGGGGCCUCUGGCCCCGUCGGCCCAGGAGGCGUUCCUGGCCUGGCUGGGCAUCGUGGUCGAAGAGGGCCCCCCGCCAGCAGGCGGCAGUUCAGCGGCAGCGCCUGGGCAUGCAGGCGGCCGCGAGCAGGGGCCAACGUCGCGGCCGACGGCGGCGGCGCAGCAGGAGUUGGCGGGCGUCGACCCGCUGGUCGCCAUGCUGGCCGCGUGCGGCCCGAUCGAGCAGUGCCUCGCCGAGCGGGCGCUGGCCGCCAGCUCCACCGCGGAGGACCGCCGCGUCCGCCCGCGGCGCGGCCGCGGCCUGAGCCCUGGCGGCGUGUGCUCGGGCGAGUAG